UAUAUGUUUAUAUUAAUCUGCUCAAAGUCUUAGACCAGUUAGUAUGAAUCUGUUGCUGUUGUUGUAGAUUUGUAGUAGAUGGUGGUUUUUCAUAGUUCAAGAAUUGAAAACCAAAUUAUGUUUCAAUUUCCAGAACUGCUUUUGCUUUGUUCUGUCAUAAUCUCUCUCUUCUGUAAUCUUGCUUAUGCUGACCCUCCAUAUAAAUUAUGCUCAAACACUUCCAUCUAUUCUGAAAAUAGUACGUUUGCGAAAAACCUCAAUACUUUGCUCAGUUCGUUACCUUCCAAUGCUUCUGUUUCCAAGUUGUACAAUACAUCCUUUGGAAAUGAGCCAGAUAAAGUCUUUGCUCUCUACAUGUGCCUUGACUAUCUUGAUCCCGAUUCCUGCCGUGUUUGCAUAAACAUGGCGCAAGAAGACAUUGCAAACAUAUGUCCCAACUCCAAAGAAGCGGUUGUAUGGGAGGAGAACUGUCAACUGCGCUACUCCAAUCAGAAUUUCUUUGGCAGAUUGAAUGUAAAUGACAACAUCCCCUUAGCUAACACGAAGAAUAUUUCAGACCCUGAAAAAUUCGAGGCAGUUGUGAACAAGACACUGAGUAAACUAACUCAGCAGGCGGCUUUUAAUCAUUCACUGAACAUGUAUGCCACUGGAGAAGUAGCCUUUCAAGAGAAAAUCGUAUAUGCUCUUGUGCAGUGCACUACAGACUUAACUGGGGAUGAAUGUGAUAUCUGUCUUGAUAGAGCCAGAGAAGAUGUUUUAAGAGCAUACUAUUUCUCCAUUGGUGCGAGACUUCUCAGUCGUAGUUGUUACCUGAGGUAUGAGUUUUAUCCCUUCUAUAAUGGAUCAACAUCUGAAGCUCCUGUUGCUAAUAACAAAGGGAGGGGCAGGAAGUGGUUGAUCGCAGUCCUUACAAUUUUGCCAGCAUUCCUGGGGCUACUACUAGUUUCCUGUGUCUGUCUUGCAAUGAGAAAUCUCAGAAAAGCAAAGAGAAGAGGGAAUAGAGAAACUUUAGGACAACAUGAUUUGUUCGAUAAACAAAAUGACACAACAGCUCAGGAGUACCCCUAUAUUAGUUUGGCUUCGAUACAUGCAGCUACUUGCAAUUUCUCUGGUUCAAAUAAGCUUGGGGAAGGUGGAUUUGGCCCAGUUUACAAGGGUGUACUGAGGGAUGGUAAGGAAGUGGCAAUCAAGAGGCUCUCAAGCUGUUCUGAGCAAGGUUCAGAGGAAUUUACAAAUGAGGUUCUACUGAUAAUGAAACUUCAGCAUAAAAAUCUUGUUCGGCUCUUAGGUUUCUGUGUCGAUGGAGAAGAAAAACUGCUUGUAUACGAAUACAUGCCAAACAACAGCUUAGAUGUCAUCCUCUUUGAUUCAAAGAAACGUGCACAACUUGAUUGGAGCAGUCGUAUGAGCAUCAUUAGUGGAAUUGCAAGGGGAUUACUUUAUUUGCAUGAGGACUCUCGACUUAGAAUCAUUCAUAGAGACUUGAAAGCUAGCAAUGUAUUAUUGGACAAUGAGAUGAAUCCAAAGAUCUCAGACUUUGGCAUGGCAAGGAUCUUUGCAGGAAAUGAAGGCCAAGCUAAUACUGCUACUAUAGUUGGGACUUAUGGAUAUAUGGCACCAGAAUAUGCUAUGGAGGGACUAUAUUCUGUCAAGUCUGAUGUUUAUGGCUUUGGAGUACUCUUGCUUGAGAUUAUAACUGGAAGAAGGAACACUGGCUUUCAUCUUUUAAAACGCGCCCAUAGCCUCAUAGCUUAUGCAUGGAAAUUAUGGGAUGAAGGAAAAGGGUUGGAGCUAGUUGAUCCGUUACUGGUUGGUUCAUGUGAUCCAGGAGAAUUCUUAAGAUAUCUCCAUAUCGGUUUGUUGUGUGUUCAAGAAGAUGCAAAUGACAGACCAACCAUGUCUUCUGCAGUUGUAAUGUUGAAAAGCGAAACUGAAGUUUCAUUGCUAUUGGAUAUUGGAAGUCAAAGCAUCAUGAACUACACUCCUAGCAGCCAAUUUGAAAGUAAUCUGAAGCAGCUUCUUGAGUCAUUGUCAAUCAACACUUCCAUCUUUGGUGGCUUCUACAACACCACAAUUGGUGCUAGCCGUGAUAAAGUUUAUGGACAAACACUUUGCAGAGGGGAUGUGAACUCCACGGAUUGUCAGAAAUGUGUGAGUGAUGCAAGCCAGGAAAUCUUCAACAAGUGUAACUCUACAGAUGCAUUGAUUUGGUAUGAACUAUGUCAAGUUCGCUAUUCCUACCAGAUGUUCUUUUCAUCAAUGUCUUAUACUGGGAAGUACCCCGAACAGAAUAAUCAGUAUAAGAGUGUAUCAGAUGCACAUUACUUUGGUGCUGUUUUGAUGUAUUUAAUGAAUAACCUCUCCAGAGAGUCUGCGUUUACUUCUUCAACGAAUAUGUUUGCAACUGGCAAAAUUGAGUUUCCAGGAAAUAGAUCUAUUUAUGGUAUGGAACAGUGCACCAGAGAUAUAUCUGAAAUUGAAUGCAAUAACUGUCUUGUUUCUGCUUUGGAGGAUCUUUCAUCAUGCUGCUCCUCUUAUCAAGGUGGAACUGUUGUCAGUAGAAAUUGUAAUGUGAGGUUUGAGGUCUACCAGUUUUUUAAUGGCACAAGCAGUCUGUUAAUUUAUCCAAAUUCGAAAGCAGGGGAUGACUGGCAGACUUGGAAGGUGGUGGUAACAUCUGCAUCCGUAAUGCUAUUUGCAGUUCUAGUAUUAGUUUGUGCAGUUCAUUUUCGAUUGAGAAAGAAAUCAAAAUCUGUCAAAGAUGAAGAGAGAUGCGAGCAUGUAUUAUUACAUAAUCAGGCAAGUCCCACUGAAGUCACAAUUACAGAAAGCGGCAAAUUGGUGACUUCCGAGGAGCUUCCAUUUGUUGAUGUAGCAACUAUUAAGACAGCUACAGAUGACUUUUCAGAUUCUAACAAACUUGGACAAGGUGGGUUUGGUACUGUUUACAAGGGUGUGCUACCAGAUGGGAAAGAAGUAGCUGUUAAAAGAUUAUCAAGGAAGUCGUGGCAAGGCUUAGAAGAGUUCAAAAAUGAAGUCAAACUCAUUGCAAAGCUUCAACACAGAAACCUAGUGCGGCUCUUGGCAUGUGGCUUCGAAGGAGAGGAGAAGCUGCUUUUGUAUGAGUUCAUGCCAAAUAAAAGCCUUGACACUUUUAUCUUUGAUUCACAACGACAUGCUGAACUUACUUGGGAAGCAUAUGACAACAUCAUUAAAGGAAUCGCCCGAGGACUUCUAUAUCUUCAUGAAGACUCUCGGCUCAGAAUCAUUCACAGAGAUUUAAAACCCAGCAAUGUACUGUUGGACCAUGGAAUGGUGGCCAAAAUAUCAGACUUUGGCAUGGCAAGGAUAUUUUGUGAAAAUCAGAACACAGCUAAUACUAACAGAGUUGUAGGAACUUACGGCUACAUGGCUCCUGAGUAUGCGAUGGAGGGUCUAUUUUCUGUAAAAUCUGAUGUUUUCAGCUUUGGAGUAAUCAUGCUUGAGAUUAUUAGUGGGAAAAGAAAUAGUGGGUUCUAUCUCACUGAACAUGCCAAGACACUCGUUGCAUAUGCAUGGCAUCUAUGGAAGGAUGGAAAAGAAGUUGAAUUUGUAGAGACUACCUUGCUGGAAUCAUCCCCAACAAAAGAAAUUUUGAGAUGCAUGCAUAUAGGGCUUUUGUGCGUGCAGGAAGACCCUGAAGAAAGACCGACAAUGUCAGAUGUGGUUGUGCUGCUGGGAAGUGAUUCAAUUGAGCUCCCUGAGCCAAAGAAACCAGCAAUAUUUGCAGCAAGUAGAAUUGCUCCAAUUCAUGAGUCUAGUUCUUCUAGUCCUACUACUACGAACGGGCUCACUCUUUCCAUCAUUUUGCCAAGGUGAAAGAAUUCCUGCAUUUACCGACUGAAAAAUUGAAAAUUCAAAGUAGGAAUCUUGGUUAGUGUUUAUGUAUGUAUUUGAACUUGCAAGGUAGUUUACAGCAAUAGGUGAUACGAGGUAAAUGUAAGGUUUACUGUACCGUGAGCUAAAUGUAAACUCAAGUCUAUGAUAGGCCCAUUUCUGUAAGCUCAUUAGUUUAACAAAAGUUGCCAUAUUUCUCC